AAAGUUCGAACCACGUUAUCAUCGACCACUAUCGAGUGACUGUAGCAUGGCGUCUUAGCUUCAACCUAGCGCUAUGAUUUUGCUAACGUGUAGAUAAUCUGCCGCUACCCAAAAUGACAGACUACGCUGAAGAGCAAAGAAAUGAACUUGAAGCUAUUGAGUCCAUCUACCCGGACUCUUUCACAGUGCUCUCAGAGGAUCCCACCAGCUUCACCAUCACUGUAACAUCAGAUGCUGGGGAAAAUGGUGAAACUGUAGAAGCAACAUUAAAAUUCACAUAUGUAGGGAAAUACCCAGACGAACCUCCACUGUGGGAGAUCCACUCCCAGGAAAACCUGGAGGACAAUGACAUGGAGGACAUUUUCACCUUACUACAGCAGCAGGCUGAAGAAAAUCUGGGCAUGGUGAUGAUUUUCACCCUGGUAACAGCUGUUCAGGAUAAGCUCAAUGAAAUUGUGGAUGUGAUGAAAAACAGGCGAGAAGAGGAAAAACGUCAGAAAGAGAAAGAGGCAGAGGAGGCAGAGAAAGUGCAGUUCCAGGGCACAGUUGUAACCAUUGAAAACUUUCUGGCAUGGAAAGCCAAGUUUGAGAUGGAGAUGGCUGAGCUGAGGAGGAAAAAACUGAAAGAGGAGGAGCAGGCAGGAAAACCCAAACUCUCUGGUAAACAGCUGUUUGAAAGAGACCACAACCUGGACACAUCUGACAUCCAGUUCCUUGAAGAUGGUGGAAACAGUGUUGAAGUGGAUGAGUCACUAUUCCAGGAUAUUGAGGACCUGGAUUUGGAUGAGGAUGACCCAAACUUUGAUCCUUUAGAGAUGGGCAGUGAUGAGGACUAAAGCAGGAGUGGGACAUACCAGUUGUAAGGACUAACAGGACCAUACUGCACCUCUUCUGAAUAUGGUUUUCCGAGCAGACACAAUAAUUGCAUAUAUUUACACUUACAUUACUAGUAGGUGGAGAGUGAAUCUCUAUAAAUACAGAACACACAGCCAUGAGAGAUCAUUUAAAUGCCUGAACAAUCAAGUUACCCAAAAAAAAUGUUGUGUUUUUGCUCCUGUGCUGUUUGACACAUAGUCCAGUGACGGGAAUGUUACUUUUCCAGAAGAGAGCAAUAAAUAUCAGUUAUGGUCAUGCAUUACAAGACUUUGCUAAAGUUAAUACAGUUGGCGUUGUUAGCACAGAGAGCACAUUGCUUUCUGUUUUUUCUGAGAGCAUUGUAGCUAUCAACAACGCAAGACAAUUGUCACCACUCAGGAAAUAACCCUGAUCUCAAGUCCUACAAUAAAGGCAGAGUAAAACAGCUGGUUGUUGUAAUUAGUAGGCAUGUUUUUACACUCAUUAAUCAAAUAGAAAAAAUGCCAAUGGAAUGUUGGUUUUGAACCCUCUGAAGUCCCCGUGCUUUCUCCAUCAACUGCAUUCAACUCAUGUUUCAAAGAACAGUAUUGAAAGCAAUUUGUAAUUUAACCUAUAAAGAAUAAAAGCUCUCGUUAUGGA